AUGUCUAGAGUGAUCCGUACCCAUUCACAGACUUGUGGCUUGAUUAUAGAUGUGACGCCGAGAGCAGGCACCAGUUCUGGUCAUCCCAUUCCAAAUAGAUGUGCUGGAGCUGAGUCUCCUAGUCCUAUUUCUCAUACCAUUCCAUCUACUACUAGCUCACGAUCUUCCUCUGAAAGACGUUCACCUUCUUUAUGUUCCAACUUCGACCGUGUUGUCGCCAGUAGCAUGCACGACUCGGCUGUCUUUGUUGAGGCUGUUAAUGAAGAUGGGCUGGUUCCUCAUGAACCUGUCCCUAUUCCACCUAUUCCUAUUCUCGUUGGUGAUGACGAUGAAGUUGAGCAAGUCCCUGUUCCAGUACUCACCCAGUUCACACAGGCAAUCACCCAUCUUGCUCGCUCCACUGCUUGUCCCACUCCAAUCCCUGUUCCAGUUCCUGCUCCUGUACAACCUCCCACUCCAUCCACCUCCCUUCGAACCAAAGUUUGA